AAAACAGCGUCCAUCGCGCGUGGUUGUACUUCGUUGCUGGGCUUGGCUGAAACAGCAGCCUCCACACACUUCUUGUGUUUCAUUUAGCGUCCAUUAGCCCUCGCGGAAGCCCCAUCGAAGUAGCCUUUUCUGAGCCGUUUCUUAUUCUCAUUUCCCCGCGGAUCGCGGAUUACGCCUGCUCGGUGCCGUGGUGUGCGUUAUUACCAUCAAAUACGAAUUUUCUACAUUUGUUAGACGAUCGUUGCCGUGCGCGGGAAGGAAAAACGAGUUUUCCCUCCUCAAGGUGUGUGGUCAAGACGUGCGGUGCCCAAUGGCAGUGUCUAGCCGUGUGUGUGUGUGCGUAUGAGUUAGAGAAAGAGGGAGCGGGAAAGCGUCUCGGAGCGUUUUCUCCACCAUGGAGGCACAGUUUGCGCGAAACGCAAAAGGGGGGCACAUGUAAGCCCGAGCCGUCUAAACGCCAACCUAAAAUCGGAGAAGUAAAAGUAGUGUAAUGUAAGCAAUAGAAGUGCAAAGUGAAGUGCUGCCGGUAGCGGAGUGCCUGCUGCAACGACGUGGAGAAGAAAAGAAGAAGUUGAAAACGAAUGAAGAAAAAGUAAAGGCGCCUUGGAAGGAAAGGAAAGGAAAGAAAAGAAAAGUAGUGCCAGUGAAGGGAAAGAGAACGAAAGAAGGUGAAUAACAAACCAAACGCGCACGGUACGGUUGGAUGGAUGUGUGAAAAGUAAACGAAACGGAGGGAAGCAACCCCUUAAGGAAAAUAAGGGUGGUUUGUGGAGGAAAAAAGUGCUAAACCAGUGUAAGAAACCGGUGGGGGAAGAAGGGUGGAAGGUGUGGAGGUACAUGAAGUGAAAGCAAAGGAGAUGGAAAAAGUGCCGAUCGCUGGUGGUGUGUGUGUUCCUGUGUGUGCAACGGUACGCAAGAGCUGUUGAGAUAAAAAUUGUGCAGGACUCCGAUGAGGACAGUUUCCCAUCGAUCGGUUGAACGAUCAGUGCGGAAGGACGGCGGCGGUUAGCGAACAAACGCCAUGUGUGCGAUGUGCUGUUCGACGUGCUCAAAUACUACUUCACGACGCGACUUCCGGUGCUACGCAGCGGUGGCAUUCCUUUGACGAGUCUGGUCUAUUGCCAGCGAUAAACGGCAGGGUCAUGCCGGCAUUGCGUCUGUUUGGCCGGAAAUGGUUAGCCGCGUCGGACGACCUUGUGUUUCCGUGCGUGUUCGAGAUCUGCUUCCGGAUCGUGUGGCUCGGACUGAUAUCAUGCGUAACGUCCACCUACUGGAACGUGACCGAGGAGUGCGGUGAGGAUGGGCUCCCGGUGCGGAUCUAUCUCGUCGGGACCAUAGUGUUAAUUAGUGUAAAUAUAGUACUACUCGUCCUCUUAGUCAACCGCAGCGCCCAAGGUAGCAUCACCGAGGUGCACAAGCGCCGCCUGGUGGCGCCAUUGCUGGUGAUAAAAAUACUUUUAAUCCUCCCGGAGACGGGACUGAACGUACUCGGCACGAUGUGGGCGUUCUGUGGGACGUUCCAGUGCCGCAGCAACGAUAAAGUAUCGAGAACUGUGAUCGAAGCAAUCGUACUAUUCAACUGGGUAGUGUUUGCGCUGAUAAUCUUCGGGCUGGCGAUCGUGUUCGACCCGCUCGGCUCGGCCAAGUACAAGAACGGCCGGGACACGAACGACAACGGCCCGACGGAGUCCGCCAUCCACCGGAAGGUGUCGAAGCUGUGGUUCCGCCGGUUCCGGUGGGCGUUCUGCUGCCUGCGGCGGGACGAGUUCGGCCACGAAGCGUUCACUCAGGUGGCCAGCCUGCUGAGCGCACUGUUCCGGGGCACCGACCUGGUGCCGUCGGACAUCGUGGCCGGCUGCGUGUUGCUCCGGGUCCGGCAGAAGCGCGAAACGCGCGAGAUGCGUCGCAUUCGGAUGCUGAACGACGAUGGGCCGCGCUACUCGACCGACAUAACGCGCGUUUUCGCCACCUCCCCGGCCUGGAUGACGAUCAAGAACGCCCGACACUUUCUGCGGUUCGCACUGGCCGCCUACGGGUGGCCGAUGGUGUGCUACCUGAACUGCUGCACCGGCCCGUACCGGCUUGUACCGAAGAUGACGUGCUGUGCCUGCUUCCGACGAAAGCCGCAGAUUAUCAUCGACGACAACUGCUGCCUGUGUCAUCUGGCUGGCGUACGGUACACGUCCCGCCUGCGAAGUGAGGACGUCCUGCACGCGUCGUUCAAAAAUCAUGUAUUUGAGUUACCAUUCUGCAUCCUGGCGGACCACAGCACCAAAAGUAUCGUGAUCGCGAUCCGGGGCAGCCUCUCGAUGCGCGACGUGUUUACCGAUCUGGUGGCAAACGCGGAACGGUUCGAGGCACCCGGCAUACCACCGGACUCGUCCGCCCAUCGCGGCAUGCUCGCCGGUGUUGACUGCCUGCUGAAGCGGCUGCGGGAGGGCAACAUCCUCGAGCGCAUCUGUGCCACCUUCCCCGACUACACGCUCGUCCUCACCGGCCACAGUCUCGGGGCGGGCGUGUCCAUCCUGCUGGCGGCAAAACUGCGGCCCCGGUUUCCGGAUCUGCGCGUGUACGCGUUCGCCACGCCGGCCGGGCUGUUGAGUCGGGAGGCGGCACGUUGUACCGAGAGCUUCGCCUUCACCAUCGGCGUUGGGGAUGAUUUCGUGAUGCGGCUCGGGGUGGACUCGAUCGAAAACCUACGCACGAGUGUGAUCGAAACGAUCAGGGCGUGUAAGCUGCCGAAGUGGCGCAUUAUGCUAAACGGCUUCGGGUACGCCCUGUUCGGGGUACCAUCGCGCGACCUCGAAACAACCUGGCACGACGUGACGGAAAUCACGGCGAAAAAGGCCUCCGAAAGCCCGCUCCUGUCAAGCGAGCGGCCAAUCCAGACAGUUGCCACGGCGGAGGGUGCCCUGCUGUCGAGUGAAAUUUCGCAGAGACGUUUUGCCAAAACCCGCCUCUACACAGGCGGCCGAAUCCUGCACAUCGUGCGACGGAAGAAAACGGAGCUCGAAAAGAAAUCGAACAGUGGCGGUCCAACGUACGAGAUGCGAUGGGCAACGGCCGAGGACUUCACCGAGCUAAAGGUGAUGCCCCGGAUGCUGCUCGACCACCUGCCGGACAACGUUUUCAAGACGCUCACAACCAUCCUGGAGGAUCAGAAGACGCACAACGGUUCCAUACUGUCGCUGCAGGAAAUCUAGUGAUGCAAAAAUAAGGGGGGAAAACUUUCACCACCAAACCCGAAAGACAACUAUCGCCACGGAUCGCCUGCCCAACCACCAACCCCCCCGCCCACGUUGGGGUACCGGAGCGGGUGUGAACAGUGCCUUAUGUGAAAUGUAUCUUGCCUAAAGCCAAGCGCGCGUGCCCGGUGGGUUUUUUUGUGGGAUGUAAAAAGUAGCGCAAGGGAGAUGAAAACAGUUGAGGAAAAACCCACGAAACCGCGGCAUCAUAUCAUAACCUUCUCACUAUCUCUCUCUCUCCCACCGGAUAUCAUUCCAUCCUGUCCACCUACUUGGUUUUCGCUAGGUUAGUACCUAACGAACCCCUGUUUAAAAUCUACUCUAUACCUAAGAUGAUAUUACUAUUCCAUUCCCUCGUCCCGUAGCUUCGGAAAGAGCGAUAUGACAAAAAGCCCAUUCCACAAGAAUAUACAGAGCGGCCAAAUUAACAUUCCAUCCCUCCCGUCGUAGUUAGUGUAAGAAAAUUAACUAUUCCAUUGUGUAUUGUCCAUUAUGUGUCCCUCGUGUGCGGUAGGUUAGAAAGAUUUCGGCAAAUAACAGCAAUAGGGUAGAGGAAGGAACACCCGCACUCGUGGUACGCGAUGAACGAACGAUGUACGACAAUGUGGACAGGUAUUUUAAUGUGGAAAAUUCCGACAAACCUCCCUCACACAUGACGAAACGAUAGUGUGUAAGGAAACGCUCCAAAUGAAGAUGAACAAAGUAAAAAAAAUAUUACUAUUAAAAGACAAGAUUUUAAAUCGUCUGAUGCUUUCGAAACAAAAAACGAAGAAUAGUCACUAAACACGAGACAAAAAGAAACCCCUUCUGACAAGUUUAUUCGGUUGUGAUACAGAAACAUAGAGGAACGAUUUGGGGCGGGGAAUGGGAGAAAGAAAAAAACAAAAUAAAUGUGCGUAGGUUUUGUCUUUAAGUCUCCAAAAAAUCAUUAAAAAACGAAGCAUGAACAGCGAACAAAACGAAGCGAUAUUUAUUAACUUGUAAAGUUUACGUUCUCCACAUUCGGACCCCGCCCUCGCCCCCCCGGAGCUGUGUUUUUGUUUAGGUUUAUCUAAAUAGAUUUGGACAUUUCGAAACGAAUGGUUGGCGGACGCGGCCAACAGACGCGGUUGAUAUAUUAGGUAUAUUAUACAUGUAUAGUAAUAACUACUGGUGAGCCCGUCCUGUGUUUUUUUUUAAAUAAAUAUAUUGUUACAAUA